AUGGAUGAUGAAUGUUGUUUAUGUAAAGGAAAAGGAUCAGCCUUUGCAAUAGGUACGAUGAGACCUUAUGACUUGGUUAAAUCAGAGAGAUUUAGAGAUAUCAUGGAACAAUCGAAAUCAUGUGAUGCAUACGGUCAAUAUUGCAAAGCUGUGUAUGAAGAGUUGGGAAGCACCACUUCAAUGACCAAAGACAAAAAAGUACAAAAAAACAAACAACUAGAGUACAUGGCAACCAAAGGAUUGUUAAAGGCACCAUCGACCUACCUGACCUCGUGUCAUCAUUAUGUUCACACUCAAUGUAUCUUGAAAGAAGGUUUUCAAUUUGAUACUGUGUUUACAUGUCCCUCUUGUCACUCUUACAGUAAUAUUCUGGUACCCAUUAAAAUCGAUAUCAUUACUCAAGGUGGUUUUGUCCACUUUUACGAGAAUCUUGGUGUUAAUAAAGACCCAAUGAUGAAGAUAUUCUCCUCUUCCAACAAACCAGUCCCAAUGCAAACCUACAUGUCUAAAUAUAUUAUUCAAAAUAUUGAAGCUUUAGAAUUACGUUCAAGAUCAAUUCAACUAAAUAAUAUUAAUAUUAAUAUUAAUAAUAAUAAUAAUAAUCAACAACAACAACAACAACAUUAUAUAAACCAAGAAGAAUUAAUAAUGGAAAUGAAAACAUUGGGAUUAUUAUUUCAUUGUAUAAAGAUGAAUGGUGAUAAUUAUCAAAGACCAGAUGAAGAGUUACCAUUGUCAACGUUGGCCAAUCGAUCGACGUCACCACUGUUAUUCAUGAUGGAUUCAUUUGUAGCAGCUGCUUUGUCAACAUUUGGAUCAAACUUUGUCAAUGAUUACAAGAAGCAAUCAUUCCAACAAUGUAUCACCAAUAUUUUAAUUCAUCAUCAUUAUGUCCACCAUUCAACUCCCUCUACACCUCCAACCAAACAAUCAAUCAUUGAUUUUAUCAAUUCAAUCGGAAAAGAAGAAAAUAAUGCGACACUACAAGAAUUGGAUAAUCAAUUAACUGUAUUUUUAAAGAAAUUAUUUUUAUUGGAUUGGUUAAUGAAAAUUAAAACAAAUACCGCUGCUCUAGAUACUGCACAAUCAAUACUCCAAUCUCUACCCAAUACAUUUUCAAUUGACCAAUUUAAUAAUAGUUCUUGGUUACUCGACGCUCUUACACUUGGUAGUAACAAAUUGAUAGAUCAUAUUCAAUCAACUGAUUUUAAUCAAUCAAUUGAUCAAUAUCUUUCAAUCUCUACUCAUAAACCUUAUGGUAUUGUACCACCACCUCAACAAAUUAAUAGACCAAUUAUUCAUUUAAAUAAUAAUCAUCUUGAAAAGAUAAAUGAAGAAAUUAAAUUAAAUAAUGUUUGUCAAAAAUGUAAAGGAGAAAUUGGAACGAUUUGUAUAAAAUGUAUGCAAACAUUUUGUGAAGAGACUGAUUGUGAUUCGAAAAUGUUUAAUCAUGUAUCGGCUGGACAACCAUGUGGAGGAUUUGCACUUUACUUGGGAAUGAAAGUUGGUGGAGCUAUUACAUUUCAAUUGUUGGAUGAUGGUAGUCCAAUAGUAUCGGUUGUCAAACAAGAUUUGUAUAAUAAUCCAAAUCCUUCAAAUGUAAUCGUCCCAGUCGAAAAUAGAGAACUACCACAACAACAAAUUCAAGAUUUAAUCUCAAUUCUAGUCUCAAGACCUUUACCAAAAGGUGAUUCAAAUGAUAAUGAAGAAGAUGAAGAUGAAGAAGAUGAUGAUGAAGAUGACGAAGAAUAUUAUUUUGACGAUGAUGAAGAAGAAGAUGAAGAAGAAGAUGACGAAGAUGAAGAUGACGAAGACUAUGAAGAAGAUGAUGAAGAUGAAGACGAUGAAGAAGAUGAAGAAGACGAAGAAGACGAAGAAGAUAGCGAUUAG